CUAUGAAGCUUUCUGUUCUAUAUAUAUUCAUAUAACAAGGUUUUAGUCUCAUUCAUAAUCAUCUCCAUUAAUUCUCAGCAUUAAAAAUUAAAGGUUUUUUUCAGCCGAAGUCAAGUACUAAAAUGGAGAAUCAAGCAUUAAAAAUUGAGAAAGAAUUUUCUCAAAACUCUGAGAGAGUCAAAUCAUUAGAUGUGCAUCCAACUCAUCCAUGGAUUCUAACAAGCUUCUAUUCUGGAACUGUCACUAUAUUGAAUCACCAUUCCAAAAAAUUAGAAAAGUCUUUCAAAGUCACAGACUCACCAGUGAGAACAGCAAAAUUCAUAGCUAGCAAAAACUGGUUUGUUGCUGGAUCUGACGAAGGAUUCAUUCGUGUUUACAACUAUGAAACAAUGGAGAAGAUCGUAGAGUUCGAAGCACACAAUGACUUCAUUAGAUCUGUGGUUGUCCAUCCAAAUCUACCAUACUUGAUAUCAACAUCUGAUGACAAGUCUAUAAAGCUUUGGGACUGGGAAAAGGGUUGGAUAUGCACUCAAAUUUUUGAAGGACAUUCCCAUUAUGUGAUGCAAGUGGCCUUCAAUCCAAAAGACUCUAAUAUUUUCUCUACCGCCUCGCUUGAUGGAACCAUUAUGACAUGGAAUAUUGGCUCACCUGCUCCAAUUUUUACCUUGAAUGAUCAUUUGAAAGGAGUGAAUUGCAUUGCUUACUUCAAUUCUGGCGAUAAAACAUACUUACUAAGUGGCUCUGAUGACUUUACUGCUAAGGUAUGGGACUAUGAAACACAAACUUGUGUUCAAACUCUGAAAGGUCAUUUGCAUAAUGUCUCAGCACUUUGUGUUCAUCCAGAGCUUCCUAUAGUAAUUACAGGCUCUGAGGAUGGAACUGUUCGUGUAUGGCAUACUGCCACUUAUACGCUAGAGAACACUCUGAAUUAUGAUCUUGGAAGAGUUUGGGCCAUUGGAUGUAUCAAUGGAGUGAAUCAGGUUGUCUUUGGUUUUGACAAUGGACUUUGUAUUGUCAAAGUGAUCGGUGGAGAUUCUGUAUCAGGCCAAGCUUAGAAGGAAGGAACAAAUAAAAGAAAAUAAAGUGAAGUUCUAUAUUUACUACUACUAGUAGUGUAUAUAUAGAGUUGUUAGUCAAUUGUUGACUAGAACUUGGUAUCUAUUGUUGUGUGAUAUAUAUAUAUAUAUAUAUGUAAAAUUUACUAGAAACAAAUAAUACUACUUUCUGAUGUGUCUUGUUACAAUCUUCCAUGAGAAGUACAAUUUUUAUUUGGUCAGACUCCUAAGCUUUACUACCUGUAUUAGAGAUAAUAUGUUUUUACAUAUAAGUAAAUCUAAGACAAAACCAAAGCGUAGCUGACGUUUGCAGUCUCAUCAAAGAAGUGAAGCAACCAUAUCAUCAUAGCAAUAAAUUUCAUUAAAGAUAGUUUAUGUUGUAGGCUAACUUUUUCAUAAUAUUUUAAUGUGAAGAUCAAGGAAAAAAAAAUCAAGUGGAUCGUUAUUUA